UUCCACUUUCCUCUUUCUUUCCUUCUCAUGCGCCAUGUGUGUGUUUCUGUGUCUAAAAGCGGGAUCUUCCAACACAUGUGUUCCAAAUUUCCAAUUAAAUAUAUCCAUGGUAUUGAUCUAUCUAGACUAAUAUACAGCUUUUACUUCUUUCACUUCUUUCACUUCUUUCACUUCUUUCACUUCUUUCACUUCUUUCACUUCUUUCAUUUCUUUCGCUUCUGCUAAUUCUUUUUUUUAUGUAAUUUACUAUUAUCCAAUUAAUAUCUAAUUCUAUUUUUUCCAACUAUUAAAUUGUCAUAUUGUUAUCUCCUUAUCCUUAUCCUUAUCAGACCAAUAAAAACAAAUAAAAAAAUGUCUGGAAAUGAACUGGAGGAAAAACUCAUCAUUGAAGCUGCGACUUUAUCCUCGUCUUUUUACUUAGAAAAUGAUACAUCGAAUUCUUUCAUCCAGCAGUUAUUAGAAUAUGAAGCAAAAUAUGAAUCUUAUAAUAACAUUAUAUCCAAAUUAUCCUUGUUUUUUAAGAAAAUCUUCAUUUACAAAGGAAACCAUUCAAAAUUUGAAAAAUUAAUCUUAAAUGAACCUGCCGAUUGUACUUUAUUAGCUAAAUAUUCUUCAAUUGAAAAGUUCUUAAUAGCCAAUGAUAACAAUAUUAAUCAAGCUGGGGUUGGACUUGGGGUUGAAGUUUAUUUGAACACUUUAAGAAUUCCUCAUCCUUUGGAAAGAUUUAUUCCUAAAAUUCAAAACAUCAACUUGACCGAAAAUUCUAGAAAUUUAAAUUUUCCAAAUUUAAACGAAAAUCUAACUUUUCUAAAAAAUUUGAAAACCAAUUUGAACACUCUACCUUUAGUAAUUUUCAUCCAUGGUUUAGGUGGUCAAUUAUCGCAAUUUGAGUCUUUAUUCGCCUUAUUAUCUCAAUUCAUUCAAGUCUUUGCAGUAGAUUUACCAGGUUUUGGGAAAUCAAGCUUAUCUAAAAAUAAAGGCAACUUGAUCCAAAACCUAUCCAAUCUUGAAUUUCAAAGUAUCAACUCCUCCAUUGGGAAUUUCCUAUCUCUUAAUAACAACACUUUUACAACCAGCUCAAUAGUCAACCUAUUACAUUCUAUAAUCACAACCGAUCCAAUUUUAAAAAACAGAAAGCUAAUUCUAAUAUCUCACUCAAUGGGCACUCAUAUAGCCAUCAAGUUGGCUCUGAAGCUAUUUAAAAACUCAAUCGACAAAUCAAUUGUUACAUCCUUGAUACUACUCUCGCCUCCUUCUUUGUCUCCACCGGUUAACGCUAACGACGAAACCAUCAACAAAACUCUAUUGCAACUAUCCUUCUUUAAGAUUUUCUUGAAAUUCCCCAAGCUAUUCAACUACAUAAGACUAUACGAUAGGCUAGGCGGGUUUAACUCAAACUCACUAAAACGUGUGCUAAAUAUCAACACCUGCUCUUAUUACCAAAAAGCAAGACAGUUAAGAUGGAAUAUGGACAUAGACAGUGUCACUUGGUUGAAGUACAUAUCUGGUUUCCAGCCUUUAAAUGAAUCUGAUUUCAUCUCCUCCAUGUCCUUUUUUAAUUCUAAUUCUAAUUCUAAUUCCAGUUCCAGUUCCAGUUCCACCUCCAACUCCACCUCCAACUCCAAUGCUUCCAUGAAUAUGCCCAAAAUUCUCAUUGUUUGUGGCGAAAACGAUAAUGUCACUCCCUACUCCAAAGGAACUCAAAAAAUGGAGUGUCUCCUCUGCUCAAUUAAUGUCGCCUCUAUCACCAUUCCAAUAGCCAACUGUGGCCAUUCCAUUCUAUUGGAAAAGCCAGAGCUUGCCUGCGGUUUGAUUCUCAAAUUCAUCUCAAACAACAUCGACUCCAAGUUAAAUCCCUCCUGGGUGCUAACGAUAAAGGCCAUCAUCAGUGGCGACAAAUGGGGUUUAAAAAACAUUGUCAAAUGGGAGUCCUUGCAAAAUAUCUCCUUCCCAAUCCAAAAUCCCUCGACUUUCCAGUUUUCUCCCUUAUUAGCCAUGAAAACCCUCAGGCAGGACGACGAUAACCAUUCUCCCUCCAUUUUAGAACUGAAAAACCCGGAUAUUGUUGCAAUCAUCGACAUUUCGGCCGAUUUGCCCCCUUACAACCCAACCACCUUGAAGAGAAUCAAAUACUACAAGCUUGCGACUGUCUCAAAAAUACCGCCUGAUUCGCUGAUGGUGAGGAAAUUCAUCUCUCUUGUCGAUGAUAUCUUAUUUAAUCAACCUAAUCAAUUGAGUGAUCCACGCGUUGUUGUUCAUUGCCACUAUGGGUUCAAUCGAACAGGCUUCUUAAUCUGCUGCUAUUUGAUCGAAAAAUUGAGCUGGUCUGUUGCCGACGCUGUGCUUUCCUUCAAAAAAGCAAAAUACCCUGGAAUCAAACACCCCCAUUUUGUGGAUGCUCUUUAUUUGCGAUAUAAUUGAGGUUUUUCAUUUGGUUAACCAAGGUGGUGGGUUCUCCACCAAAAUGGGAAAUUUAUGGGGUUAAACUCAACAAGGUAAAUCAAACAUUAUUCUUCUAGUGAUUUACGUAAUAAAGAUUAGAUUUCCGCAAAUUGAAUUAAGAAAGAUGGUUAAAUAUAUAAACGAGUAAGUAAAUAAGUAAAUAAGUAAAUAAAGUGUGCUUUGCUAUUGUUACUCUUGGUGAUAUAAAUAUAAAACUGUUGAUUGGUAAUAGGAAUUUAAUAAGAAUUUAAUAAGAAUUUAAUAAGAAUUUAAUCAGAAUUUAAUCAG